CUGUUUUCAUGGUUGAUGAUUUUGCAAACGACAAAGCUUUGAUCGAGAAGGGGCUUUACAGUUACCACAACACUUAAAAACUCGAUCGAAACCUUUGAAAGAAGUUUUACAUUCAGAUCGUUGGUAAGCCGAAGUACAGUUACGGACCUCAGAAACAAAGAAAUCAUCUCUGGUUACCAGAUUAAAAUAGUUCAGUAUUUUCGCUGCGGUUGAUGGACCCGAUAUCCAGCAGUCAAAGGAUGACAAUAAUUCCAACAAAAUCGAAAAUAUUUUCGCUGAUGGAAGUUUCGUUUCACACUGACAUGUCUUCGUGUUGGAUUGUAAUUCACGAUAAAGUGUAUGAUGUGACCAAUUUUUUGGACGAGCAUCCAGGCGGAAGGGAGAUCAUUCUAGAACACGCAGGUAUGGAUGCUACAACUGUAUUCCAAGACAUAGGCCACUCGUUUGAAGCUCUAAAGAUUCUCUCUAAAUAUCAAAUUGGAGAACUAAGAGAGAAAGACAAAAUCUACAAUUCCAAGCCCAGACUAUGA